GCGGGGAUUACGGCGCACGUACAUCCGAGGCUCCGCCGUGCAGCCACACGCCACACACACAUACACACACAGUGCUCUGCGUUCGCGUCCAUCCGCCAUUUUCAUCUGAUUGAAAGCAGGUAGAGCAAAAAAAAAAAAAAAAACACGCACGGUGCCGGUGAAAAGCACAGCAGAACCCAUGUGACCGGCCAGCCCUUUCUACUUGCUGUAGAGCCCAGAGUGGAUUUUCACUGAAGCAGACCGCGAUGACAGCGCAGGGGGGGCUGCUGGAGACCCUGGAGGAUGUCCCGGCCCACGUGUGGAAGGGGCUUCCCGAGGACAUGAGCCUGAAGCGCUCGGCCGUGAACCAGAACCGCAUCGGUAUCUGGGCCUCCAGGCUCAUUCCGAAGGGCAAGAGGUUUGGUCCGUUCGUGGGGGAGAGAAAGAAGAGGUCCCAGGUGACCAGCAAUGUGUACAUGUGGGAGGUGUACUUUCCGGCCUUGGGGUGGAUGUGUGUCGAUGCCACGGAUCCAACCAAGGGGAACUGGCUGCGUUAUGUGAACUGGGCCCGGUCCACGCAGGAGCAGAACCUCUUCCCCUUGGAGAUCAAUAGGGCCAUUUACUACAAAGUAUUGAAGCCAAUCGGACCCGGCGAAGAGUUGCUGGUCUGGUACAAUGGGGAGGACAACCCCGAGAUAGCUGCUGCCAUCGAGGAGGAGCGAGUCAGCAGCUUGGGCAAGCGGAGUUCACCCAGAGCCAGGAGAGCACGGAGGAAGCUGCUGGAGAGAGCCAGAGCCAGACAGGCUGGUUUGGGAGGAUUCCGAAGCCCCAAGCAGGCGCGGGGAGCCAAGUUGGCGCGCUCAGAAAUGCAAGGUUCAGAUAAUGGUAUAAAAGCAGAAAGUGAGGGACCUUCACCCACUUUAGAGAUGGCAACACAAGACAGUUUCCUGUCUGCAGAAACUUCCCAAUAUGCGAAUGAGGAUACCCCCCCAACCACCUCAUUGGUGGAAGAACAGGAAGAGCAGGACUUGGAGGAAGCACAGCAAGAGCAACAGGUGAACCUAAGUGAGUCAUCUUCCCCAGCUGAAGCUAAGCCAGUUGAAGCAGAGGAACAGCCGUGUCCAGAGUCUGGCUGUCAGGAUCCUGAAGAGGAAGUUGCUGCUGCUGUUGAACAAGAAACUGCACCCAUUUCUUCUGUUCUGAAACUGGAGCCAGAGCCUGACUAUGAAGAUGAUUCCCGGGGGGAGUCGCACUUUCCAUGCCAGCAUUGCGAACGUCAUUUCACCACGAAGCAAGGCCUUGAACGCCACGUUCACAUUCAUGUUGCGGCAACUCACCAAACCCACACCUUCAAGUGCCGAUACUGCAGUAAACCUUUCGGCUCUCAGAUUGGCCGGCGGCGGCAUGAACGCCGCCAUGAAAAUGGCUCAAAGAAAAAACUGGGCUCCCUUAGUGGAACCUCAGCUGCAAGUCCUUCAUUAGUAACAGAUAGUUCAAGCCCAGACCUCAUUGCCACUUCUGGGCAGCUGUUGGUGACUUCAGAGAGCAGCAGUGGGCCCCCAGAAAGUUCUGUGGCUGAUAAGCAAGGUGUGGAAAUGGAACAGCGCUCCAUCAUUUUGGACGAAAAAGGAGAGCUGAAGGAGCUCUAUCCUUGCAAGUAUUGCAAGAAGGCUUUUGGAACCCACACUAAUAUGCGGCGACACCAACGCAGGAUUCAUGAACGCCAUCUGUUGCCUAAGGGGGUCCGCAGGAAAGGUAUUUUGCUGCAGGAGGGACAGCCCCAGCAACCUGCAGCAGCCCCUGAGAAAUCCCCCAGCACUAGCCCACAUGCUGUGUACUUACCCAGUGGGGAUGUGGAUGAUGAAAGAGAUCAAGAUGAAGAUUACAUGAUCGACAUCUCUAGUAAUAUAUCAGAAAACCUCAGCUUCUAUAUCGAUGGAAAAAUCUUGUCCACUAGUACUGUGAGCACCUGUGAAGUGGUAGAGGUUGAUUCCAACUCAGCUUCAAUGUUAGGGCUUGAUGCUGUGAUCAUUAGCUCUGAUAAGACUUCCCAGGCUGUAAAAGUAGAAACCACAACUUGCACUGAAAAGGAUAUCACAAGUGCUGUCCAGUCAGCAGCAAAAAGGAGAACAUCUACUCCACCCCUUCUUCCUAAAAUAAAAACGGAAUCUUUAGAAUUGGAUGCCGUAUCUUCAGCUUCUUCAUCUUCAUCUUCAUCAUCGUCAUCUUUGGCAGGUGGGCUCUGCCCUCAAGCCACAGAUACCUUAGCCUUUCAAAAGGAGCGAACAGUCUAUCUCUCCCCAAAGCUGAAGCAGCUCUUACAGACUCAGGACAACCAGAAGCCCAACUUGACUCCGCCUGAAGCCAACAGGCUCGUUCCACCUGCAAUGUCAGUGGCAGUGUUACCUGCAGCUUCAGGGAGGUUCAAAAGAAGAACGUCAUCCCCACCAACUUCCCCACAACUCAGUCCAGAACAGAAAGGUGAAAGUGGUAAGAAUGAAGGAAGCUUGUUUUCUCUUAAAGUACCAAAAGUAGAAGGCCAGUGUAUGUCCCCAAUUUACCCUGUGUCAAGUAAAGGGGAUAGGGAUGCAAUGAGUCCUACAGCAGUGGAUGCAUUCAAAGUUUCUCCUGUCGAUUGGCCUUCUACUCGAAGUGGUGGCAGCUCCUGUAACCAGCAGCCUCUGGACCUUUCUGGUGCUGUUGGCAAAAGAAUCGAUGGCCAGAACAAGGGACCCGGGGAAGCUGUCCUGGACCUAAGUAUGCAACGGAAGACCACCUCUGAGUCUGAGGCAAAGGCUUUGCAACCGUUGGCUAAGAAGCGGAAACCCAAUACAAGCAUGCUGGAGAAAGUUUUAAUGAAUGAGUAUGCCUCUUUAGACUCAUCAGUAGAGGAAGUCACCAAUUUAACAGAAAACCCAAGGAUUCUGUCAACUGCAGACACAGGGGUUAGCUCUCUGGACAUCAGUUGCACUGAUCCUGAAAACCUUCAGUCUGAAUCAGCUCUUCACCCUCCCCCUCCAUCAUUAACACCAGUAAUCAUGAACCCACCAUCACCUCAUACUCCCACCCUAGCAUCCCCUACUCCACCACCUCCAGUUCUACCAACCGUUCCUUCUCCUCUCCCUAUGUCACCUUCUCCCAGUUCUCAGCUCUCCAACUCGCCAAGACCUCGCCCUCUUCCUGUUUUAUCACCUGAAACAUCUCCCAGACCUGCUGAAUUUAUCUUGGAAGGACCUUCACAAGAUAGUGGCUCAGAUGAUAGUAAGUCACCGCCUCUUUCAGAGGUCUUUAAUGCCAACGCUGACAGUGCAGACCUUACUGCCCAGUCCGUAAAUCCGAAAGUUAGUCCAGAAGUGUGUGUGAUGCAAAUUGAACCCAUGAUUUUCCCUGAUAAUGCAAAGCCUUCCUCACCCGAAAGCGUUUCAGCAGAACAGUCAUCCUCUCCUCUUGGUUUUUCUGCAGUAGAUGAUAAGGAGGCAUCACAAACUUGUAGCAAUUCCAGUGUUACUGAAACAAUGGAACUGAUUGAUUCAGCCUCUGCAGCGGUCCAGCAUAGUCCUAUGGAAGCUUCAUCAGAUCAGAGUGUCGUUGUGCUUGAGGAGACUGGCCAGGAACAGCCUUUAUCAACAGCUUCACCUCAUUUGCUUGACCCUCCUGUCCUUGUAGCUUCUUUACCAGAGUCUCCACUGACCCCUGUUAUAUCAGAAAGCCCUCCCACACUGGUGUUACCACCUCCUCUUGUUUGUUCUGUCAUCAAUGAUGAAACUCAACCCAAGGAUGAGCCAGUUGACAUAUCUGGGGAUCAUAACAGUGCCGCUACAGAUCAGGCUUCUGAUGAGGAGUCGUAUGAACUAGAGAUGUUUUGCAAGAACUUUAUAUGUAAUGUCUGUGAGAAUCCUUUCCCCUCCAUAAAGGAGCUCAGUCAGCAUAUUAUGGGACAUGCCCUGGAGUGGCCAUUUAAAUGCGAAUUCUGCAUUCAGCUCUUUGGAAAUGCAGCGGACUUGCUGGAACACCGUUCUGCUCUUCACAGCGUUGGCAGGAUCUUUAUCUGCUGCGUGUGCUCCAAGGAGUUUGCCUUUUUGUGCAACCUCCAGCAGCACCAGAAGGACCUGCACCCUGGGCAUGACUGCACUCACACUGUAGUAGAAAACGGCAAGCUGAGACCUCAAAACUACACGGAUCCAGCCAAGGCCGGUACUGAGCAGUUCCCCUCAGGCGCAGCCAAUGACUCCCCUGUUGAUUGUACCUCUCUGGCACGUCCUGAAGCUCUGAAAGCCAAAGACUUGGCAGAGGAGGAGCCGGACGAUUCCACUGAGGAGCUGUACACUACAAUUAAGAUAAUGGCAUCUGAAGGAGGCAAGCCCAAGGGUCCAGAUGUCCGUCUUGGCAUUAACCAACACUAUCCCAGCUUCAAGCCUCCACCGUUUCCCUAUCACAACCGCACCCCUGCAGGUUCUGUGGCCUCUGCCACCAACUUCACCACCCACAACAUCCCGCAGACGUUCUCCACGGCCAUCCGCUGUACAAAGUGUGGCAAGAGCUUUGACAACAUGCCGGAGCUGCACAAGCACAUCUUGGCGUGUGCCAGUGCCAGCGACAAGAAGCGGUAUACUCCCAAGAAAAACCCAAUUCCUCUCCGUCAAAUAGCAAAGCCUCAGAACGGUGCACCUUCACCCUUAGCGGCUGCAAAUGGGGGCCUGAUCACCUUCCGUAGGAUGGGCCAGCCCAAGAGGCUCACCUUCAGCCAGGAGUCCUCGGGUAAAGUGAAGCUGAGCGCACUAAGCAAGAAGAAGAAUCAACUGGUUCAAAAAGCUAUAUCCCAGCGAAAUAAGUCUACUGCAAAGAAGGCCGCACAUUCUGAGGCAGAGCAGGAAGUCCAUGUAUGUCCACAUUGCAGGAGGGAAUUCACGUAUCUAGGUAGCCUGAACAAGCAUGUAGCCGUCAGUUGUCCCAUGAAACCAGUUUCCAAGAAAGCGAGAAAGGGUGCUGCAGAGGCCCUAACAACCCAGGACAGAAACACCAGCCUUCGUAGGAGAACAGCAGAUGUCGAAAUAAAGCAGCAGGGGUCGGACGUUGGGCAUAAGACUUUGGGGAAAACGAGAGCCCGAAGCUCUGGGCCUGCAGAUGGUUCUGGGGCACCUUUGAAACCGCUGCCUAGUAAAGGAAGAAUGGCUGCCUCACAGGCACCGCAAAAGAGGCUAUUGCCUCUCCAGGCUGCCACGUUGUCUUUUAGCAAGAAAAGUAAGAAGAGCGGUGAUGGUCAGAUUCCACAUCCCCCUGGCAUGUCUUCCACCAGCUCUGCCGAGCGCCUGGUCAUGAGGAUGCAGCGUGGGGGUAAAGAGGUCCUGGUCCAAGGUACAGGGGAUGGGAAACAACAACAGCUCCAGCCUAAGAAGGAUGAGCGUUUCUCUAUGAAAGUUAGAGAGAGGGUAGGCGGGCCGGUCACUCGUAGCCUUCAGCUGGCCAACACCGCCAGUCAGAUGGAGGUUAAGGCGGAGGAACUCUCCAGUCCGGAGUCCAGAGAGACACAGGAGCCCUUGCUGAAACUGGCAGGCUAGAGCCAAGCGUGCCUCGCUGGCAGAACUCGGAGCAGUGCUGCGGAUGUAUGGACUGCAUGAGCCACAAAGGACUCCAUGGGGUUGGCCGAGAGUCCCCACGCAGGAGCAUUUCUGUCAUGCACUUUGUGUCUGAGCCCUUGCUGGAUGUGUGCCUCUCGCACCCAUGUGCAUAAACGUGCUUUGAAAACAUCACUGGACCUUUGGCGGGCAGAGGGUCGCAUUAAACGCACGUUGUGAUAAUGCUGCGAAAUGGCAAUCAUCUGUCCAGAUUACCAGCCUGCUGUCUUUCUUUUAUUUCUCUCCCCUUUUUAAUGCUCACUUAAGCGUUCCUGGGAUUUAAAGCUCACUUAAUGCAUGUGUACCAUAUGACGGAGUCGGACCCUGUCCGUUGUACUUACCUUAGGUCCAGCGCUGUUUGUAGUUACAUGAAUGACUUUUACUUAAGUUUAAUGCUUCAUAACAUGGGAGGUGUUCAUUGAUUAAAAACGGUCAAAAUUAACUGUUUUGGAAGCUAUAUGGCACCUCGCUGUCAACAGAAAUCGGCACGUACCCCCACCCUGGUCGUCGCUCUGCUUGGGGGGGCUCAGGCACUAAGCUUUUUGUUCUUAGGGUUAAAAAAAACUUCUGAUCCACAUUUAUGAUCACGUUAAAUAAUGACAGUGUCCACACCAAUCAUUUCUGGGUGUACAGUGAGUCGGUGGUCAUUCGCUGGUUUUGAGGUGGAAAUGCAGCCUGUUUGAAAUUAUUGUAGUUACAGGGUGUUGGCCAGGCAGACCUCUGCAGCUCAGGCAUUAGUGUUAGUCUGAACACAUGCCAGGCUGGAGGGGGACGUGUCUCAUUAAUAUGUAGCAUUGUCAGCCUUCCAAAAGUAGUGUUUGUCCAGUUAGAGGUCUAGUUGUGAAAAUCUGGAAUUUCGGUCCUGAUAAAGGAACUUGUGCAAAGCUGGGUUCUGGCAGGACAGCUUCUGCUGAUGUGACCCGAGAUGAUGCUGCGGAGUUCCUGGGGUGUUUUGCUUAUGAACUGGACCUCUGGUGCUUCUCUCCUGGCAGAUUCCUUUCUAAGCUCAGCUAAAAAGGCGUCUCUGAGAUGCCUGUUGUCUCUGUGUUUGGCCCUUUGGGGUAAGCCGGAGCCGCUAUAACUUGACAACUAGUUGUUGUCAUCGCCGGGCAGCAAAUCGAAACUGUGGCCUCUGUUUUUGAAACUGAACCGAGCCAAGCUAUGGAAGCUUCUCACAGGAAGUCUUAGAAAAGCGUGAUGGACUAAUGGCCAAAAGCCAUCUAUAGGAGGCCAGACAUCAUUUCAUCUGCAGGCCCCUGAAGGUUUUGGGUGUAACACACCAGAUAGUAAUCUCUGUACCUGCACCUUUUUUUUUCUUCUUUUUGGCGAGUUCCUACUCCCAGUGGGGGUGGGGGGUGGGGUGGGGUCUCGGUUGCUGGCAGUGCAGGAGACUGGGGUUUCCCGCAGUGCGGUGAAUUGGGGUAUAAAAAAAAAUCAUAACCUGUCUCAUUUCCAACCCGGAAGAAUCUACCUCUACAAAGCACUUCAGCCAAUCCGAUCUCCUGCGUUACGCAGCCCUGCACCAUUCCUGUCCCGAAGGCAUGGACCUGGAAAAUGGAGCCAUUGCAAUCCUUGUGUAAAAUUAAUGUAAAAACUGCUUGUAGCCUGUUUAAGAGAAGCAGCUGAAAUGUAUAUUUAAAAAAUUUAAAUUAUGUUUCUCUAUGGACUUUUGUUGUAUAUGAUUCAUGUCUUGGCAUUGGUAUAUUCUGGUAACUUUUUUUUUUUCCCCCCCCCUGGGGAGUUGGUCAGUUUAAUGGAAUGUUCUGUUAAAUGAUUUUUUUAUUUUUUUUUUUGGAUCAUUUUUGGGCUGGCAAACAUUGACCGCUAAUGUAAUACAGAUUGUUCUAACUGAUAUUAAAGAAUUUUUUCCAGUUUCAUCAGCUGCUUUCUUGGUGAGCUACCUUUAUUGUAUUGGUUUUGCAUCGAUGUUUGUGGGAAAAGUCACCCCUUGCUGCUCUUGUUCUUUGGCAAUGUAUCCUGCCUCAGUGAUUUAACUCGCUGGUCAAUUUUUAUG